UUUUCUUUUUUUUAAUCAAAGAUCAUACUUGGUUCUCUCCCUCAGAAAAGCGAUUAUGUUUGACAGCCACCGGGCAGUUUUUUUUUACUUAUUUAGAUUUUUAUUUCUUCCUUCAGCACUCUUGGGAUACUAAAAGAGAAUUUCCUGGGCUCAAAGGAGGAAAUUAAAGAAGCAAAGCUCGGCGGCAUUCGUAUUUAUCACGGAAGCAGUCAGCCGGUUCUAAGGAGAACGUCAGGGACCUCACAGCACAGUGACUCUACGCCCAGCGGACUUGACAGGACUGGUGAGAAUCCCAUUGAAGACGAAGGAAACAAGCAGACCCGCAACUAAAAAAGGCUUUUAAUUUUUUUUUUUGUUGUUGUUGUUAAGACAAAAAACUGCUGUCUAAAAGUUCUGCAAUUACAUACCUCAAAGCCAAACAUGGCCAAAAUGGAAACACAGAUGAUAGGUUUCUUCCUGAGCCUUCUGGGCUUAUUGGGAAUGGUCAUAGCCACUCUGAUUCCUCACUGGCGUCGCCGGGCCUACGGGGGGUCCAACAUCGUCACUGCCACGGGCUACAUAAAGGGGCUGUGGAUGGAAUGUGUGUGGCACAGCACGGGAGUGUACCAAUGCCAGUUCCACCGCUCACUCCUGGCGCUGCCCAUGGAUCUGCAGGCGGCACGUGCGCUCAUGGUCAUCUCCUGCGUCUUGUCCGUGAUGGCUACCGGUGUCGCGACCGUGGGCAUGGAGUGCACCCGAAUCUGCGAGGGCUCCCGGAACAAGAGCACCCUGAGCGUAGCUGCCGGGGUGGCCUUCAUCCUAGCCGGCCUCCUCUGCCUGCUGACAGUCGCCUGGACCACCGACAGCGUUGUCAGGGACUUCCGGAACCCCGUGCUGCCGAGCACCCUGAAGUACGAGAUCGGCCCGGCUGUUUUCUUGGGCUUUGUCUCCUCCGUCCUCAGCAUCAUUGCUGGGGGUGUGUUCUGCCUCUUCUGCGAAGAUUCACAGCUUCGCCGACCCUACACGACAAGGCGAGCCACCGCCGUGCGGCCAAUGCCCCCACCGUACGAACUAAACGGUGCCUCUAACAGAAACUAUGCCCCCUCCCACCUGUCAGCUUCCAGCAGCGGGUACAGAAUUGGUGACUACGUGUGAAAUGACACACACGGGUGCGCGUGCGCACACACACACACACACACA